CGGUGAAAAACUAGUGUCCCGCUCCGACGACCGAAACACACGCGUGAGCGUGGCCCAGUCGCCCCGAAGGUUUCCAGGAAGGGAGAGGGGAACGAAGACCCUGCCCUGAGGCCCUGAGGCCUUAGUCUGCUCGUGCCACAUUUUCCUUUUGAUAUACACCUCCCUUGGCGCCAUCGGACGGCCACCAAUCCACCAUGUGCUCUUGUCCUGUCUAAUCCUAACAGAUUCACAGCUCUCGGGCUUCGAUUUAUUCACAGGCGGCUCGAGGCUCAAGCCAUUGGAGAGUGCAGGAAAGGAAGAGGAGCCAAGAAAGGAAGGAGCGCUCAAGAGGUUGAGACUGGCAAGGAGAGGAGAAGCUAGGAAAGGAAGCGGAGCAGGUUAGAGAGGAACGGAUUAGGAGAAGGGAAGGCAAGAAGUUUAGGGGAGGAGGAAGAUUACUUGUGUUGUGUUCCUCUACCAAUUUCUUCUGAGACUUUCUGCGUUUGGACGAAAGGAAGGGAAGCGGGAGGGCAGAGAUGGUGGUGCAGAAGCAGAGGAGGCCAGGAGAGGUGUUCUGGCCGAAGGUCGUGCUGAAGAAGUGGCUCAACCUCCGGAGCAAGGACUUGGAGUUCGGCGCCGACGAGGACGACGACGGCAGCGACAUUGACGACGAAGGAAACUGCGGCUGCGACGACGGUGGCGAGGCGCCGCGGCGAGCGGGCGCCGAUGCCGGCGGCGAGAUCACCGAUGAGAACCUGGAGAGUGCGCCGUACAAGCUGCGGAGGCGGAACUCGGAGACGCUGCGCGCGCAGUACAUCAACACCAAAGAGCUGAGGGUCUGCGUCGGCACCUGGAACGCCGGCGGCAAGGCCCCGCCGGACGACCUCUACAUCGCUGAGUGGCUCGGCACUGGCGGCGAGGGCGAGCCCGCCGACAUCUACGUGCUCGGGUUCCAAGAAGUAGUGCCGCUGAACGCCGGCAACGUGUUCGGCGCGGAGGACGGACGGCCGGCGCUGGCGUGGGAGUCUCUGAUCCGCGGCGCGCUCAGGCGGGCACAGCCGUCGAAGCCCAAGGUCAGAUGCUACAGCCACCCUGCCUCGCCGUCACGGUUCGACCCGUCGGCCGCUGCCGAACGCCUUCCCGGCGCAGACACGGAGACUGACACUGAUGACGACGUGCCCUUUAGCUUCCCGGUGCUGCCCGAGCAGUACGUCGUCUCCACGCCGAGGAAGAUGAGCAGACUCAACCAUUUCAGCCUCAUGGACGACUCGGAGCACAACCACGACGAGCUUGCCGAGCUUGAUCAGCAGCAACCGAGUGCUCAGCAACGGACGCUUCUGAGGACGCUGAGCAGGGCGGAAAGGGUCGGGUUGGUCUGGCCAGAGCAGCCGCUGGACCUGCUGGCCGCGUGCGCCCUGACCACCGCGCCGUCGCUAUCGUCGGCGUCGUUCAAGGCGUCGAAAUCGUUCAGGGCCUACAAGUCGCUCAGGGGGUCGUCCCGGGUCGCCGAUGUGCCGGCGGACGACCUGGCCAUGAUCCCCGACCUUGAUCUCGACCUCGACGGCGCGUUGCGCAAGAAGAGCCGGUCACCGUUCGUGAGAAUCGUGAGCAAGCAGAUGGUGGGGAUCUUCCUUACGAUCUGGGUGAGGAGGGGCCUGAGGAAGUGCAUCCAGAACCUCAAGGUCUCCACCGUCGGCGUCGGCGCCAUGGGAUACAUCGGCAACAAGGGAUCGGUGUCAGUGAGCAUGUCGAUAUACCAGACCAUGUUCUGCUUCGUUUGUACCCACCUCACCGCCGGCGAGAGGCCCGGCGACGUCCAAAAACGGAACGCCGACGUGCAGGAGAUCCACCGGAGGACGCGUUUCGCCGCCCCGGGUGACCUGCAGCUGCCCAGAGACAUCUACGACCAUGAGAGGAUUUUCUGGCUCGGUGAUCUGAACUACCGCCUCAACGUGUCGUACGAGAGAGCGCACGAGCUGAUCUCCACAUGUGAUUGGUCUCAGUUAGCCGAGACGGAUCAGCUGAAGCGCGAGCUGAAGAAAGGCCGGGCGUUCGACGGGUGGACCGAAGGCAUCCUCGAGUUCGCGCCUACCUACAAGUACGAGGUAAACUCGAAGAAGUACGUUGGCGACGACCAGAAAGGCGGCCGACGAACUCCGGCGUGGUGCGACCGGAUCCUGUCGUUCGGGAAAGGCGUGAGGCUGCUGAGCUACCGGAGGUCGGAGCUGACGCUGUCGGACCACCGGCCGGUGACGGCCACCUACGCGGCGGAGGUGGAGGUGUUCUGCAGCCGGAAGCUGCAGAAAGCGCUGACGCUGACGGAUGCCGAGGUGGAGGGCGGCCAGGUCGUGCCGGACCUCGAUUUUUAGCGGGGGCUCGGCACUGGCCACGCCAUGGCAACUGAACACGCCGGAUUGCUGCCGUCAGUUUGCUGCAGAGAGUUCAGAGCUGAAGGCUAAUCCACGGCGCCGCAUAAUCUUCGUGCUGUCGUGCAAGAUAACCAGGAGAGCAUUGCGUGUUUUUUUUUAUUUCGUUUUCUGGAGCGAAAUGGGUUUGUGUAAAUAUGGUAUGAGUAGCUAUGGGCUUCUGAAUCCUUUGGUAUCCCCAUUUGAUCGUAACGGAAGCGUGUGCCUAUCAGUCAUCUUUGAUAGAAUCCUGUUCAAAUGCAUAAGCGUGUCUCCAUGUGUGCGCUUUUCUU